AUGGCCGAGGAGGUGUUCCAGAAGGCCCGAGGCAGGACCCUGAGCGUUUUCCGCGAAGAUGUGGAGAAGGAGUGGAAGGCCCCGUUCUACUUCAUUCAAGGGGCGGACCCUCAGUUUGGGCUGAUGAAAGCCUACGCGAUUGGAGACUGCGGCAGCGGAGGCGACGAAUGGGACCAAGAGCUUAAGCUCACGGAGCGAGCGGUGCAAGCCGUCAACCAGCUGAGCCCAAAGCCCAAGUUCUUUGUGAUUUGUGGAGACCUCGUGCACGGCAUGCCAGGGACCCCUUGGCGAGAGGCGCAGACCCGCGACCUGAAAAACGUUCUGAAGGGCCUCAGCCACGACGUCCCUGCGGUGUUUGUCAGCGGCAACCACGACCUUGGGAACGCGCCUACUCCAGAAACGAUUGAUGAUUAUUGCCAGCAGUGGGGAGACGAUUACUUUGCCUUCUGGGUGGGGGGAGUUUUCUUCCUCGUCCUCAAUUCCCAGCUCUACUUCGAUCACUCAAAAUGCCAGGAACAGAAGCGGGCUCAGGAUGCGUGGCUGGACGAGCAGCUCGCCCGCGCCGAAGGGAGAGCGUGCAGACACGCCGUGGUGUUUCAGCACAUCCCCUUGUUCCUCCAGUCGCCCGAUGAAGACCACGACUACUUCAACCUGGAGAAGUCGGUCCGACAAGAACUGCUGGACAGAUUUCUCAAAGCAGGCAUCAAGGCCGUGUUUUCCGGGCAUUACCAUCGAAACGCUGGAGGGUCCUACAAAGAUCUCGAGAUGGUUGUUUCGUCUGCCAUCGGAUGCCAGCUGGGAGAAGACACCCACGGCCUCAGAGUGGUGGUCGUCACUGCUGAAAAGAUUGUUCACAGAUACUACAGUUUAGAUAAACUGAGCAGUCAAGGGAUAGAGAAAGAUCUGAUGGAUCUGAUUAAGCAAAAUUAGCCCUUUC